ACAACCUGUCACAGCAGGCGGUGCUCGAAGUAAUCUGACAGCAACCAGAGAAAAGCACGCGAUGAUGGAGUCCCAAGCGAAGCGAAUCAAUCGUUCAAACAGCGACCAUGCAGCACUGGUGAACCGUUCCUGUGGACGCAGAGAAACCGACAAGCUGCCCCCGGUGAAGGCCACCCAAUCCGUUAGUAAUCUUUCGAAACCCGUCGCCCCCAAGGCGCGCAGCAAAUUCACCGUUAGUAGCAAACCAAUUAAAAAGCAGCUCUUUUCGGAACUGAAAACAAAGCCCAAGCCUCCGGUCGGGCUGGUGACACCUGGACGAAAAUUUUCAAUGGAAAAAUCUCUGACAAUGAUCGAGAUGGGGUCGCCUUCCAAGCAGCUCGGUUCGGUUGCGGAGCAAUCGGGAGGAAUUUCCUGUUCGACGACGGCACUGGCUGGUAGUUGCAGUGACCGGUUCAACAGUAAUACCAGCAAACUGGUCUACGAAACGGGAUUCAAGCUGCUGUUGAAGUGCUGGCGGGACAAAAAACGAGAAAUCGUUCGUUUGAAUUCGCAGUUAAGUCAUAAGGACAACAAUUCCAUCAAAUGUCGAAAUCAGCUGCACACCAUUCAAUCGCUGUAUCAGAACGAGUGCAAGAAUCACGAGGCAGCGAGAGCCGAAAUACGCACACAGAGACAGAAGAUGGAGAUCCUGAAGGCGAGUCUGCUGGAAGAGAAAACUGCUCACCUGGCGAAAGUGUCCGCGUUGGAAGCGUCACUGAACGAACAGGAAAAACUGCAGUCACAAUUGAGCUCGACGGAGGACGAACUAGCGAAGGCGAUCGUCAGCUGGCAUGGUUUUGAGAGCCAAUGUAAACAGCAGGGUGAUCGUUGCGUGACACUGGAGAGCGAGAAGAAGGAACUUUUGAAACAGAUUGACAACCUUGAAGACAAUUUCAAAAACUUCGAGCGGGACUACGAAAAAUCUUUGGCCGAACAGGUGACUGGGAAUCAAAUUUACGAGGCCCGGCUUCGAAGCUACCAGCAAAAAUUGGAAGAAUUGAGCAGCCAAGUGAGUGUGUACGAAGCGGACUGUCAGCUGUUGAAGGAUUGGAACGUACGACUGGCCAGUGAACUUGCUCAGAUCAAGGGAAGUUACCAUUCGACGUACGCUUUUCGAGUGCGCCGGUUUUUCGCCAACCUACCGAGGAAGCCCGGAUUCUAUGUGCAGUAUUUACUCUACCUGCUGGUGCAAGGGACGCCCUUACCUAAAAGAUCGUCGUCGUUGUCGCCGAAAGUACCGUCCUACGGGAAUGCCGCACGUUUUUGAACU